AUGGUCCCUCAGUACGGCGGCGGCUCUUCACGACGACAGGAGUUCGGCACAAUCUUUGGACGAACUAAACGAUCCGCCAACGUGAUCUGCGCCUGUGAAAUCACGGCUACUGCGUGUCCCGCAGGUCCCCCUGGUCCACCUGGGAUCGCGGGAGAACCAGGAGAAGCCGGUCCCAGCGGCGAUCCUGGCCGUCCCGGAACACCAGGAAUCAGUAUUAUCAACACGCACACACCUACUGGAUGCGUUCAAUGCCCGCCUGGACCUCCAGGUCCCCAAGGCAUUGAUGGAAGAGAAGGGGUGCGAGGGCAAGAUGGCAUUCCAGGACAACCGGGACACCCUGGACUGGAUGGCAGAAGAGGAGAUCAAGGGCAAAUGGGAGAUCCUGGUGAGGCUGGAGCAAGAGGCUAUGAUGGAACACCGGGAAUGCCUGGCAGAAAUGGUAUACGUGGACGUGGAGCUCCGGGAGCGGCUGGGCUUCCUGGCAUGCCCGGACUGGUGGGACAACCGGGAUUGAAUGGUAUGGACGGUGCACCUGGACAGCCUGGCAUACCAGGUGAGAUAGGUCGUCCAGGAAAUCCGGGUAUAGAGGGAACGCCGGGCAUACCGGGAAGACCAGGCGAAGCUGGUCUUCCCGGUGCUGAUGCUGCUUACUGUCCAUGUCCACCAAGAACUGCGAAUGUUGAAGAGGCCGACGUGCUGACACAGCCUUACAAGCGACAAGUCGUCAAGGUAUGA